CUUUCGUGUAGAUUCGCUUCAGCCCAGUUCGGUUCGCAUCUGUCGAGCGAUGAGGAAUCUCGUCUACAGGCGCCGCGGAGAAGAAGUAGGCGGAGGGCUGAGCUUCAUUUUGACGAUCUGACCCCGUGGGAACUUCGCGAAAGUUGCCGGACCGUAAACACAACGUACCGGACCGUAAACACAACGCUGCUUCCUGUGACACACAUGAGACGCAGAGCGGAUUUGGGGAUUUGAGGAAGCAUGAUUUUCAGCACGAUUCGACCAGGGACCUGCAGAGCGUGGUGGUCUCGGGUUUCAUGGAGGCAGGAUCCAUGUUCCUUCUCCUCCGUGCCCUCCCAGCCGGUGCCCCCACUGGCCAACACCUUGCAGGGCUAUCUGAGGGCCCUGGAGCCCCUGCUGCCCCCCGAGGAGCUCAGACACACCCGCAGGACGGUGCAGGAGUUUGGCAGGCCGGGCGGCCUUGGGGCACACCUGCAGGAAGGGCUGGAGAGGAAAGCCAGGCACACCAGGAACUGGAUCUCGGACUGGUGGGUGCAGUGGGCGUACUUGGAGAGCAGACAGCCCCUGCCUGUGCACUCGAACCCGGCCAUCUCUCUGCCCAGGCGAGACUACAACGACUGGAGGAGCCAGCUGGUGUUUGCAUCUAAACUGAUAGCAGCAGUUCUGGACUUUAAGGCCAAAAUAAACAACGGCCAACUACCGGUCGAGUACAUGCGGGGGAAGCCUCUGUGCAUGGAGCUCUACCCGCUCCUCUUCUCCUCCUGCAGGAUCCCCGGUCCCAAACACGACCACAUCGCCCACUACGGCCGCACCCGCCGCUCGCCAACACACAUCACGGUCGUCCGGAACUACCAGUUCUUCCAGCUGGAGGUUUACAACAGCGACGGUUCUCGGAUGACGGAGAGUCAGAUCCACAGCCAGCUGCUGAGGAUCAGGUCUCAGUCCUGGAAGACCGACAAGGAGCCGAUGGGCAUCCUGACCAGUGAGCACCGCCACACCUGGGGACAGGCCUACAACCGCCUGCUGAGAGAUAAACUAAACAAGGAAUCCGUUCGGCUGAUAGAGACAGGGCUUUUCUCCUUGUGUUUGGAUUCUCCAGUGAUGAGGAUAUCAGAUGAGAAGUAUGCGAGCCGCAAAGCAGCUCAGGUUCUGCACGGAGGCGGGACGUUCUCCAACAGUGGCAACCGCUGGUUCGACAAAACGCUGCAGUUUGUGGUGGGCGAGGACGGCUCAUGGGGUCUUCUGUAUGAACAAGCCACAGCUGAGGGUCCACCCAUAGCAACACUGCUGGAUCAUAUCCUGGAGUACUGUGACAAACCAGACCCGAAGAGAGCGCCACUGAUCCCUCUGCCGAUGCCCAAGAAGCUUUACUUUCACAUAGACCGAGAAAUCAAGAGAGACAUUGAGCACGCCAAGCAGAACCUGGAUAUAUUGAUCAACGACCUCGAUGUCAACGUGUUCAACUUCAAGAGGUUCGGCAAGGAGCUUCCCAAGAAGCACAAACUGAGUCCAAAUUCUUUCAUCCAGGUGGCCCUGCAGCUCACCUACUACAGAGUUCACAAUGAGGUCUGUCCGGCCUGUGACAUCGCCUCUCAGCGGAUGUUUCGAGGAGGAAGGACAGAAUUUAUUCGCUCGCCAACAAAUCAGACGCUCAAGUUCAUUCUGGCCUUUGACGAUCCAUCUGUAUCGCGGGAAGCAAAACUACAACUGUUGAGAGAAGCUGUUGACGCCUACACGGCUCUGACUGCUCUGGCACUCAAAGGUCACGGCAUAGACCACCACCUGCUGGGGCUCAAGCUGCAGGCCAUCGAGGAAGGACUGAGCAUUCCCAAAAUCUUCAUGGAUACGGCGUACGGGCUGGCAACGCAUUGGAAACUCCGAACAGGGCAGGUGCCUGCGAACACAGACAGCGUGAUGUGUUUCGGGCCCCUCGUUCCGGACGGCUACGCCAUUUGUUACAACCCCCAGGCGGACCACGUCCACUUCUCCAUCACCGCCUUCAACUGCUGCGAGGAGACUCAUGCAGAAACAUUAGCCGUGACUCUGAAGGAGACCUUGUGUCAGCUACAGGAGCUACUGCAGCCUACCGUGUAGCGCUGCUCCUACACUCUGUCCGGCAGGGUAAACCCACUCGACUGCCCCAGGAAGAAAAACAAUUUUCUUUCAUUUUGACGUCUUGAGGAGGCUUGUUUUUUGACAUAGAUGUUUUUUCGUGUAUGCCACUUAAUUCUGAGAGAGUCAGGACACAGCGUCUCUGAGGAGUAUUUGAUGCUUCCCCUUUUUUUUUUUUUUUUUUUUUUUUUAAAGCAAUAAAUCUUUUUUUCUAGCAAGCGCUAAGUAAGCCAGCUGCAUAAUAGUUGCUACAGUGGAUGCACUUGUCUCGUAUUUGUGUCUCUGGGUGAAAGCAAAACCAAGUUGAAGCCAACCUGACACUCCAGCAUAAAUCACAACAAGCCAAACACAUGCGCGUUGAAACUGACUGCACUCCUUUUACAAGUCAUGACCAUGAUGACCGGUAGCCUGCGUGGUGCCUUAUACACGGAAUAAAUAUGUUCUAUGUUUUGUGCUGCCAUCGGAGAUAAUUGACAAAUGAAUGAAUCCCUCUGAUUGUGUAAAUCAAAAUGUCUUUUUAAAAAUGAAUAAAAGCCAGACACCUGGUCGUUAUUGGUGACGAUACAGAGAAAUUA